AUUUAAUUGCGAAAAGGAAAUGCUUUAAUCAAAGGUCUCUGGGAGCUCGAGCACAGUGCUGAUUUCUUCAAUGGAAGAAUGCGAGGUUGGAAGAGAGAUCGAUCUGAAGGCGGCAGGGGCGGAGCUGCUUCCAGAUGGACGGCGAGGAUUGCAUCUCAAGGGAUGGAAGAUCGAGUCCUUCAAUCGCCCUAUUCUCACUUCCCUCGCCAUUCAAGUGUGGGAAGAAAAUCUAGGGACUUCACACUUGCCUGAGAUGGUUUUUGGAGAAAGUUCUUUAUGUCUUUUACAUGUCAAUAGUGGUAUUAAGAUACACUUCAAUGCAUUUGAUGCUCUAAAGGGGUGGAAGCAGGAAGCGUUGCCACCGGUCGAAGUCCCUGCAGCAGCAAAAUGGAAGGUCAGAAGCAAACCGUUCCAGCAAGUGAUACUUGAUUAUGACUAUACAUUCACAACACCAUAUAGUGGCAGUGAGGCAAUUGAACCAAAUGAAGCAAAGAUAAUAUCAGAAAAUGAAUGCCAUCUCAUUUGGAAGGACUGUGAUGAACAAAUUGAUUUGGCUGUGCUAUCAGCAAAGGAACCUAUACUUUUUUAUGAUGAGGUGAUUUUGUACGAGGAUGAGUUGGCUGAUAAUGGAAUAUCACUCCUAACUGUAAAAGUUAGGGUGAUGCCAAGUUGUUGGUUUGUUCUACUUCGUUAUUGGCUAAGGGUAGAUGGAGUACUGAUGAGGCUAAGGGACACUCGAAUAUAUUGCAAGUUUAGUGACGACAAUGGUAAACCUGUUAUCUUACGUGAGAACUGUUGGAGAGAAGCAACCAUCGAGAGUUUAUCCAAUAAAGGUUUUCCUUCCAAUAUUGCAGUCUAUGGCAAUCCAGACCAGAUUUGUCAGAGGCUCCCCAUAAUCAAGCUCAAGACCCAGAAGCUCGACAUCUCUUGAUAAGCUGUAACUGAGAAUUAUCUGUAAAUUAUCAUACUGGGAUGGACCAGACGCUUGUAAAUUGUAAUAUCCUCCUUGUUUAUUUCACACAGCUCAUUUCAAGAGCGCCUUUUUAUUAUUGCUCAAUGCUCAUCUUGCAUGGUGAUUAUUUUUAAUGAUAUCCAUGUAAGCAUACAGACAAAUGAUGCUGCGAUUUGUUGCGAUGAAUGAGUGAUAAAUAGUCUUUCUGGUUUUCUUCA